AUGCCUGUCACAACGCUGGACUUCUCGCGAGUGUCAGCCUGUGCGCACCAGGGCUGCCUGGCAUUCGCCAACGUGGCUAUCCAGCUGACCAAUCAGAUUCAAGGCCGUGUCAGAUGUGCCCAGGUUUGAGACGCAUUGACGAAUUCCCUGCCGGACACCUGGUACGCCUCAGUCCCGGCACGGGACGUGCACUUGUCCGGCUGAUAACUCCCUCUAACCCCUCAUCCAUUUAUUCUGUACAGGAUACAUCCUCCUCCCAACGGGCGUCCACCUUCUCUUUCCAUUUGGAACCGGGUCUGGAGGUCGUGGUAGCCAGGGUUUCACGGACGACGUAGGCUGUUGUGGUAGUGUCUAGCGUGGUAACUAUUACAUGAGCACAACCCGACGAAAAAAAGAGGCAGCUUCUCGCCGUCUUCACCAUUCGGUUCUUAACCUGUUUUCAUCAAGGCCCUUGACAUCAGUCAUGCGAGCUCGUCAUACUCCAUGAAAUCUUUUCAGAGCACAAAUACUAAGGGAUAUUUAUAAGAAUUACAAGUGGAUCUGUCCAAAUUAGCAUGAACCUCGAUGGUACUGUGAUGCUCGUAGGCAUUUUGCAGCCGGUUUUUCUCGGAGUGUAGGCCGCUGGGUUUCCUCAUAUGCAAACUUGUACAGCGUCAGGCCACUGCAUCAACGUAGGGCAGCACCCGCCGAAAUUUGGGGGCCGCAUCGACCCAGGUAGAAGCCGGAGUCUCCAGCACCUCGAACGUGUGCUCUCAUCGAUAGCAGUAAAAAAUCAGAACGGAGGAAGACUCAUCAGUCUUAAAGGAGGACAAACGAACGUUGAAGGCAAAGCGAAAAAGUAGUAGGGGAUAGAGGACAUGGAUUAUUGGGAAGAACUGAUAGUGGUCGACGUCCACGUUCUGCGAAGGUCGUGUUGUUGUUUGUGGAGGAUGCGAAUAUUGCCAUUUUGAAAUAAAUUUUUGACUCGGGUUGGCUGCAGGAGCGUCCAGUGUGUCGAAAUAUAGAAAAAUAUGAACCCCCGUAGGAGGACAAAAGUUUGAAAUCCAAUUCUAAACGCGCGCGCAUCGGUUGGAGAAGUCUCCUAGCGACCGUUUGGCACGUAAUUUGUCACUGCAAAAAUUCAUAAUGAAGGUAAUCUGUGAACGCCAUGGUUUGGACGUGCUGCGUAACGAGCGUCAGAUACAACAACCGAAAGACCCCCAGCUGCGAUAGAAAAAAAUUUCUGAGGCCUUUAUCGGAUCGCACAGUUGCGAACAAAAAAUUACGUCGGACAAACCAGAAGACUGCUCUGAACUGAAAUGGCCGAACACACGGCAGCAGUGCGGAGAAAUUAUGCCAACCCUCAGGUCGCCGCGGGCCAUUCAACGAAACCUGGCUACAAGUUGAAGUUCAGUGAGGUUCAGAUUCUCGCGAGGAGUGAAAAUAACAUGAGCAUCUAGCUGUUUAAAUCCUGGUUCACUGCCGCCCGCCCCCGUCUAUUAAGUAGUUCAAUGACCUUCCUCAUCCCUGUUGGGUGCUGAGAGUUCGCGUCUAGGUGGAGUAAUAAGCCUGACGUUUCUGAUUCUCACCCGAAUCCACCACCAGAGACAGUCAGGUAAGGGUGGUGGGUUGCCCAGGUGUUGUAAUAUCUAUAGGAUGCAGUUGCUAGGCCGCUACAUGCCUAUCACAGUUGGCAGCUCACGAGUGCAUCACAGCUCGACUAGCCAGGUGUUGAAGUAUGCAGUUGCCAUGCCGUUAGUACGCAUCAAGAUUAUCGGCUCCCACGCUUAUCGCACGCUGUCGAGUGGCUGACUGCCGGAUUUCGUCAUCCGUUUGGACUCUUGGGUGACUUGGCUAUUGUCUCUGAUGAUGGGUCCGAGCAGGAAUGUGAAAUGCCAGGCCAAUAAAAUCCUUGUUCGGCCUAAUUCGUAACACCAGCCGCUGCGAGCCUGCAGUGAAGACGGUGCUGAGAGUGUGUCAUCCUCUUGUCACUGGGUGGAUGCCCCUAUGCUACACACGCAACUCGAGUGCGACUCCAGUCUGCACGCACGAAACCCCACCCAGCCACCAACUCCCUCCCUCCGCACCAGAUGAGUAGUUUUUACUGCCAAGCGAUGCAUCUAGCCUUGCCUGGGACUGCUCGUGGCUGGCAUUUCGUUUGUGAUCGAUGCGUCUAACCCUAAUCUAAUGAGAGCAUUAUUCGCCAUGACAUAAUGCAGAACUGCAGGUUUGCAACCAAUUUACGGGUGACGUCGUGCCACGCGUGGAGGUAAAUGCUGCGCAAGUCUGUCACCAGUAUAAUCUCAAUAAUUUUCUCAUGACUGUGGUCCAGUCAGCACAGAAUUGUCGGUCAUUUUCACAAAGUCAUUCAUUGAGUCACCGAGAUUGUCGUUUGUUGCGCUCUUAACGUUGGAGUCUUCAGGAAAGGCCAGUCACCGAGCCGAACUUCGAGCUCCAAACUAGUUAAAUGUUUAAGUUUUCUGUAGUAUUAAAGGUAGGGCAACAAAUGCCGUCUGCUCUAUGGCCUCACAGCAGCGCUCUAUACUAUUUGUUUACGGAUACCUCUGACUGGACGGCUGUCGUAUGAAAUCUCUGCUUAUAAGAAAUCCUGCAAUCGCGUUAGUACUUGACAAUCCCUGGUCCCUAAAGAUAUCUCCUGAAUGUUGGCUGCAAUAUACGCACUAUCCUGUCAGUAUGCCGUGUUUACAGGAACUUCUGAUAGGUUGUGUUUUUUGAGAAUAGGAUUGGUCUCAGGACUAAGACUGACUGGUCUCCAGUGUAGAAGGUAUAGUAGUGUUGGCCAAAUGCCAUAGUUCACGUACACAUGCCCUUUGAAUAUUUAUUUGCGUACUUUACUCAAAGAACUGUCAUUCAAGUUAUUCUACCUGAGCCAUUUUAUUUGCUGGUUUUUUCGCAUGAACAUACGAAACCCCGCGCAUCCGCCUUCGUCCGCACCAGAUGAGUACUUUUUACUGCUAAGCGAUGUACCUAGACUGGCGUGAAACUGUUCGUGGUUGACUCUCGGUUUGUGAAUACUGCGCACGCGAUCUUAAUGCAAUGAGAGCAACAUUCGUCAUGGCAUAAUACAGGACUACAGAUUUGCAAUCAAUCCACAGGCAAUUUAUCGCUGACGACUGAAAUACCAUCUGCCUGAGUCUGCCCAUUUUUUAGAAAAGCACAAAACACGGAAACGUCAAAAAUGGCUGUAAUUUAGUAAGUUUCGCUUUUAGACGUAUAGAGUGUCUUCUUAUCCAUCAAAACGGAGUAAAUAUCAAUGUACAAAUAACAUAAAGACUAAACAGAGUGUUUUCUGUGAAGUCCACAUCUAAGUAUCGUGUAAGAGUUAGUGUAAUCUCAUGUAUGACGGUUUGUCAACAGCCUUCAGUCGGAGUAUAGAUUCGAAAACAGUUUGCGGAGAUUUCGCGGUAUUUUUGACUUACUUGGCCUGAUUGAGAUGUGGUUCAACAGGAGAAACUAGAUUUUGCUUGGCUUCGCCGAUGGAGGCGUCUUAAGAACAAACAUUUACAUAACGUCACAUGCUGACAGGCCAAUCGGUGAUCGGCGUAAUCUUAAACAUAUUACAGUACGUGACCUAUCUCAUGAAAUCUGAAAAUGGAAACUGAUGAGAGAAUUUCUGGACGCCUUUAACGUUGAGCAUUUUGUUCGCUCUUCCACUUCCUUUAAUAAAAUGUCCUUUUCUUGUACAGAAAUUGUGUUUACGUAAUUAUAUCAAGUAAAAUAUCUGUAAAUUUUAGCGAAAAUGGACGUUGGAUGAUAUUCGUGUAAUUUCCUAUACUAAUACGUGUCUUAGACUCCGGUUACGCAUCUGAGCGGCUUUUUCAUUGAAAGGACAUUAAUUUGCCCAUGAGAGUUUUAAUAAACAGGUUUGGCCGGACUAUAAAUUUUAUUUUAAAUUCGAUCAUAGCCAUGUUGAUCCACCUGCUAACACAAAGGUUAUUUUAAGAAAACCAGAGGUUUUAUCAAUUCCAUCAACGGAGUGCAGUAAUAAAGCACUUCUUAAAGAGGUAACUUACUACCGAAAGUUUUUUCAUUGAUCAAAGGCAUAUUCGUUGCUGACUGUCGUUGUGGACGGACAUUUUUCUCGAAAGUGAAGUUUUAUGUUUGAAUGAGUCUUCGAAUGUGACCCAAACGACCAUCUUCGUGAAAAGGAGCGCCCGAACACUCACUAAUUCGCUAAAUGCCUUCUCAACAGACAGGCAAUUCAGAAUCUGCCUUUAUGGACGAUCGGGUGAAAACACUGAAAAUCACUAAGUAUUCAUCAACAUUUCGAGGCCGAUUUGAAACUCAACGUUAUCCAAACCGAAAGAGAAGUGUAAAUUAAUUUAACGGAAGAAUAUUCAUCUCUAUUAACUCAAAAUGGCACGUUUACGAUCACGCCUGUCAGUUCUAUUUAAAUUUAUUAGGCACCGACCGGUUUCGUGGCAUGUCACCUUAUGAAAACUGUUGUUCCUACGACGUCCCCAUCGGUGAAAUCAAGCAAAAUCCAGCUUCUCUUGUUGAACCCCAUCUCAUUUACUUUAAACAAAUAAAAUGAAGGAGGACUCACUGGAAAACUGUUUUGGAGUCUGCACUCAGAAUGUAGGCAGUUGACACACCGUCAUAUAUGAAAUCACACUACUCAUUAAACGAUAUUUAGAUGUAAACUUCACUAAAACACUGUUAUUAGACGUUGUUUUAUGUCUACUUUCAUAUUUACUACGUUUUUGGUAUGACAAUACAUUCUGUACAUCUAAAAACGACGUUUACUAAAUUAGAGCCAUUUCUGACGUUUUCGGGAUAUUGCGCUUUUCAAAAUAAAUCGGAAUUUCUAAAUAACGCAACACUGUCUUUAACAAUUCUUAUGGGUUUUUACUGCUUUUAAACUUGUAGUUAAUUAACAUAGAAAUCGGACUCGUGAAAUGGUGUCGGUUUGCGAGUGAUUAGCAAUCAUUCGUAAAUUUCGACACAUUUCAUGCGUUAGGUCACCAACUGUAUUUUUUGGUAGGGGGCGCUGACCGAUCGUUCUUACGGAACUCACUCGUUCCGUCGUGCCUUACGGGCUCUCUCUCGAACCCAACCAGCAGCCGCACAGCGGCGCAUGAUACAGGCAGUAUGGUAUUACCUACAAAGACAAGGGAGACUUGAAAUGGCCAUUUCUGGCGUAUAAGCUGUCGUUAGCUAGUCAUAACCAAGGGCCCAACCCCUCGUAGCUGUGUCAUGCAGAGGCAGAGUAUCGGCGAAACACAUGUCUGGGCUUUUAGUUGUUACAUGUGUCCGGAGUACGGUAUGGUAUCUUUGAUGCAUACAUUUCAUACUACUUGUGGUAGUACUCGUUUUUUGAAUUGGCAUUACGUGGUUAUUCUACAUUAGUCGAUUAUCUUCGACUCAUGGGCUCGUGGCCCAGUGGUUAGAGGCGUGUACAUCUAACCAACAGGUCGCGAGUUCGGGCCUCGCGUGUUCCACGCUUCGGGAUUGGGUAUGACUGACUGACGACGGCUAAUAAGCCAGAAAUUGCCAUUCCAGUAUUCCUUGUAUUUGUCUGUAAUAACAUACAGUCUAUAUUAUUUUGUGUUUAUAAAUAGAACUUUUUCUUGCGUUAAAUUAACGUGUAAUUUUUAGUCUCUUCAGGAUAACGUUGCUGAUUUUCAGUAUUGUCAUCCGAUCGCCCAUAAAGAAAGAUUCUAUAACAUGUUUCUGUUAAAUUUUUAAAUAAGGCAUUUAUCGAAGUAGCGAGUGUUUGGACGUUCUUUUUCAUGAAGAAGGUCGUUUGAGUCGAAUUUGAACACUCCCCCAAGCAUGAAACUUCAUUGUCGAAUAGAAUAGCUGUCCACAACGAAAGUCAGUAAGAAAUAGGCUUUCAAUCACAAUUUGAAAACUCUCUCUAAUAAGUUACCUCUUGAGGAAGUGCUUUCUUACUGCACUCCGUUGACGGGUCUCUGUGUACUUUGCACUUUUGCACGGUGAGGCCAAGAAAAAAAUAUGACACUUUUGGCCGUUUCUUUCACCUUCCUAAACCAUACUGGUAUAUUUCCACCGUAAACGCAAGAUAAUAUCUUUCUUCUCUAUAUAUUGCGGCCAUUUGCAUUGUUUUUGCUCGCUUUUAGACUCCGUUCUUUGAUUAUGAAUGCACGAGAGAGCGUCCACAUAAAUACUGAUAUUCUGCUGAAGCUGUGCAUGUUUUGCCCGUUCCAUUUCUGAAUAAGGCAUUUGCGCAAGCUACACUACACGGCGAGGAAUGUUUCUUAUCUUCAAGACUGGAAAUGACCAUUUGGUAGUGGUCAUUUCGGUGACAUAACGUUAACUCCUCUAAACGGCAAAACAAUUUCAGCCCAUUUAAACAAAGGAAUCCCUGUUUGCGUUAUUGCUGCACUUCAGGGCACCAAGUCGCACUGACCUGCUAAUAUGACUUUUUUUAAAAAUCGUUAAAAUAUUUGGUUCUUUUAAAAUGACCUUUGUGUGAGCAAAUAGAUUAGCACGGUUAGGAUCGGACAUAAAACCAAUUCUCAAGUCUGCAAACCUCUGCUUAUUAAAACUCCCGCGAGAAAAUUAGUCACCUUUUAAUUAGAAACAUGUUCAAAUGCACAACCGAAGUCUAGGACAGAUAUUAGCAUAUGAAAUGGCACGAAUAUAUUGCAAUUUUCUUUUUUUCUAAAAAAAUAGUUAAUAUUUUGCUGGAUAUAAUUGUGUAAACACAAUCUCUGCACAAGAAAAGGACAUUUCAUUGAAGGGGCCGAAUAAGCAAUCAAAAUGCGUAACGUUUUAGACGUUACGUAUUCUCUUUGGGUAUUUAUUUGCGAACGUUACCAAAGGACUGUCUUAAAAAUUAUUCUACGUAAACUACUUUAUUUGCUCGUCUUUUCGCAUGGACAUACGAAAGCCUACCCAGCCACCCUUCCCUCCGCACCAGAUCAGUAUUUUUUACUGCUCAGCGAUGCACCUAAACUGUACGUCUGUUUAGCCGGACGACCAUGUGGCUUUCACGAGUAUUCUUUAUCAGCACAAAACGAACCAAAACCCAGUGGCAAUAAUUGAAUUUUCGCAGACUGUGUCUUGAUUAUCAAGUUACACGUCAGUCCAUUUGGCUUUGAAAGUGCGCCAUCGGCGGUUUUUUAGUCCACGUAGCCCUGACCAAUAAAAAUAACUCGGGGGGUCUCACCUACGCAUUACACCACACAACUGUGCCGACUAUCGCCUAAUCGAAUCCGCACUUUGAAAUUGGCCAAUCAGGACCCGAAGGUCACGAGUGCGUGCGGGCGGGUUCAAAGUGUGCUGGCACUAUAAGAGGCAGUGCUAACGGCGCUCGCGAUCAUUCUUCGCUCCUGUUCCGGUUAUCACUCGAAAUGGCGCUCGCAGACGUCGAAGUAUUCGAAGACGCAUUUCCCCUUGUUCGUAGCUGUCCAGCCCUCAACGAGAUUCGCACGUCAGGAGAAUUGAAAGAGCUCGUUAUAGAGGUAGCUCUCCUUCCUGUUGCCGUUCUUUACACGGCAAUUUGUUCAUGCUUGUUAGGUGAAGCACGGCGCUAUUCUCAAUGCCCAUCGAAUAAUACUAGCAGCUCGCAUUCCGUCAUUGCGAGCUGCUCUCAGUGGCGACCUCGGGAAGGAUAAUUCGGUCCUAAAAUGGCCGACGGUGCCUCUGAAGUAAAGUCAUCCUCCUUUUUCUGAUUUUGCUUUUGCACUUUCUAGCCUCGCAAAUUCACUCCUCCAGUAUGUGUACACCGGGCAGUUGGAGGUGACCCAAACGAAUGCGAUGGCCAUAGUGAUGUUUGCCAAAAUGAUGAAACUGUCUGAUCUGGAGAAUUGGGGAGUGCAAUUCAUGACCAAUAGGUAAGCAAGUGCCGGUUCUUUCUGUUUAACUGUCGGCUUUAAAGAGUGAAUUUAGAAAAUCUGGCAACCACGUGGGACUUUGCCAGAUCUUCGAAUAUGGGAUCACUGAUGGAGACUUGCAUUAAUCUGAUGCAAGCUCAGUUUACGAGUUUUGUCUCUUCUGACCUAUUUGUUCGCCUGCCAGCUGACACCGUGCUGACUUUGUUGCGAAACGACUAUCUGUCAGUAGACUCCGAGGAGGCAGUUUUUGAGGCGAUUUCAAGCUGGGUGGGUGCCGGCGAUAAAGAGUGCGAUAAUGAGAGACUGAGAUUGCACGCCCCCGACAUGUUAAAGGAGGUUCGUUGGUGUCAGACGACUCUCCAAUUCCGCAGUCGCCUAGUCGAUAGUCAUCCAAUUUUCCAGGAUAGCAUCAGUUGUGCGUAAGUAUAUGCUCUUCCAAUUCGCAAUUUAUUUUCUAAUGAAAGUCGUUUUAUGUCUCAGGUGGAGCAGUGGAUGUGGUUCGCAGACAAGGACAAACCUCCGUGUCCCUUCAACCAACGUCGGAGAACGCAUCCUGCGAUCUUCUUCGUAUUUGGAAAGGACAAAGAUCAGAACAGGUGGUCUGUUCUGCGUUUCGAUCCGCAGCUGGAAAAGGAACAGCGGAUUUCCGACAUGGAGAAGCGUGAAUACGCCUCCUACAGUGUCGUGGGCGGUGAGUUGCCUGACAGUUACGCACCUCCUCUUCUGUGCACCUGCCUUGUUUUCCUUUUUUGUCUAAUUUGACCAGUUGGUGUCUCUUUUUGCCAGAAUUAUAACAAACACACACACAGUCCUGCCAGUAAAGCUGCCAUCGCCGCACAAUGCAUAGGAUUGCAGUAGUAGUAGCAGUAAUUGAGGGGUUUUGAGGUCUUGGAGUUGUCCAUUCGCCUGGCCUGUCCCGACGCGUUUGCUGUUUUCCGUCUUCAAUUUACCCAACCGUGUCUCCACCUGCGUGGUUUGUGUCCGUCACUGGCGGCUACUCAACUGGGAGAUUUGUCCAUCCACGUCUUUUUCACCGACGUUGAUAUUUCCCCUCUUUCUGUCAACUACACGCCUUUUUUAUUUUAUCUUUCCCAUCUCUUUUUACCUUUCUUCCGGGCAAUUUUAUGAAACUUUUUUCUGUCACACCUCACCCCCACGGAAGAGAGCAUUUUCGUGGUUGGAGGAGACACUGCGCAACAGGAAGACUCCACGAGUGUCGAGGAGUUUCUGGUGGCAGAACGGCGCUGGCGCAAACGGACGUCCCUCGCCGUUGGACGCAGCGCGCACGCAGCCGCAGUCCUGACGGAAGCCGGAGGGGAGGCGCUUAUCGGCGUUUUCGGUGGAUUCCGUAACGGUGGACGCCUUUCCUCCUGUGAAUUCUAUGAAGUCAGUCGGGACAGGUGAGAGCACACUCGUCCCGGCGCCUCCUUUUUUUUCUUGCAAAAUCUUCCUGUUUUGCCUUCUCACUCGUCUCCUCCUCCUCCUCCUCCUCCUCCUCCUCCUCCCCAACACACAGGUGGUUCAAACUGCCCGAUCUGCGAGAGAAGAGGAGCGCCUCAGCGGCUGUCUACCUGCCCGGCGACAGUCGAAUCUUCGUUUUUGGCGGCUGGAAUGGCCUCACCUCCGUGCUGGCUUCUGUGGAGUUCUGCCACCUGCGAGCAGACUGGCGAGAGAGGGCGGCCUCCUCGGACUUUUGGCAGCCAGCAGCACCCAUGAGAACUGCACGAUUCGGGCUGGCAGCGACACACUUUCGGGGGAAAAUCAUUGUCGCCGGGGGAAGGGGUGGUGAAAACAGAUUAAACGUGGUGGAGAUGUUCACACCGCCAGAUGCCAGGUGUCCCCAGGGCCAGUGGACAGUGCUGGCCGGCAUGAAGGAACCCCGCUCGCGUUUCGCUCUUCUCACCUCCACCGACGACGCCAUCUUUGCUCUCGGUAAUGACGCCUCCUUCCUCCCCCUUUGCUCUACACUGACUGCAUUCCUUCUCCACUUUCUCCUCAUUUUCAUGCCAUUCCAUGGCCUUUUCUGUGUAAUCCCUUUUUAUGAGGAAGAUUAAGACAGUCCGUAUGAUGGCAACCAUAUGGAAAUGUGACGUUGCAUGGCGUUUCGUAAACAUAACGAGGUUAGGGCCGAUGGUAGGCCGUUUGUAGUGCAAAUCGUCUGCUUAUUAAAGUAGAUUUUUACGAGAAUUAUGCAGCCGACUGGUUAAAGCGUCUUUGGUAGACACUGCGUUCAAAGCUUACUUUGUCUGCUCUGAGUUUUAUUGAAAUAAUCUUUUACUAGCGGUAUUGUACAAAUCUUAUGCUAAUUUCUCUAUUUUGAUAUUUAUGACAGUAGAAUUUCACUGGCAUUUUUCACAAUUUGCAGGCUGCUGGUCUGGGGGAUCAGGAAACACGGUGGAGACUUUCACAGCACCAGGCGGGCCAGCUGAUGUCAGCAACGACUUGACAUCUUGGAGUUGGUCGUCGAAGAAACCACUGGAGACGCUCGCACAGUUCGCAGGAGCUGCAAGCAUUCGCAUGUAAACUUCUGCGUUUCUCGAAGUUCCUUCUAUGACCCGCAUGUUAAGAAAUAAACUAAUUUCAAUGUAAGCUGUUUUGUCGUUGUUUUUGAAAACGUCAAAAGGGUGUGCAGUGCCCAACACCUAAGGCAACCGAUUAAUGGCGUGAUUAUCUCUGAAGGGAAUGAAAUGCAUGAACCAGUUAUUUUUUACGAGGGAGAUGCUCGUUUUCGGGAUUAAUGCUUGAUUAUGGAGAGAAAUCAUUGUCGCCAGCGGAUAAUAUAAUGGAGACGAAUUAGAUUUAGUGGUGGAGAUGUUCUCACUGCCAGGUGUCCCUAGCGGGGUUACUAAACAUGGCCUCCAUUUGUUUGUUAAAAAAACACCAAAAGGGUGUAAAGUGUCCAACACUUUGGGUGACAAAAUAAUCUCUAGCAUAUCUCUGCGAGGACUGAGAGAUGUGGUCGACGUAAGUUUAGCAAAGAGAUGCCCACUUUCUGACGAAGUGAGCAACACUAUCUAGAUCGCAGAUCGGGGAGCUUGUGUUUUAAUAUGAAUGGCUUACGUGCUACUUACUGAGGCCACAGGCUACAGGAACAGUUAGAGAGUGGACGGCGGACCUGGCACCAUGAAUUCGGACAGAUGUCACCAAGUACUAAUCGUUUCCCACUACAAAAGCAAAUGUAGCCCACCCCCGCGAAAUGCGAUAGACUGGUGUGUGAGUUGCUUUCGGCCUUCUCUAUUAAGGGAAUUCGGCAUAAUUGAUUGUGACCUGAUAUGUCAUGAAACGUUACAUUCCUUAGUAUUCGGUCGACGGAAAAUGUCGGCGGCAUGUACGCUGUCUGUCUCUGUAGCAGAAACUGAUCCGUUUCCUUCUCUGAAAAUGAUUUAGAGGUUGGGCUGUCUCGGGAUUUAUGCUUAGCAAAGAUUUCACUGAGCAUGAGGAGCUCACAUGAGUGAUGUCAAGGGUAUUUAAGAAAACGCAUGUUCAAACAUAACCCCGGCUUGUGAUUUGGUUACAACCAGAGAUACGAUAAACUGAAUCGGCACUAUCCGCCUGGGAAGGCCCUGCUUCAUGUUGCGUGCCGGGUGGACAGUCAGUUAUCAGCGGCGCACCUCGAGUUGGUGGCCCCUGGACCGUGAGGGGGCCUGCGCGCCUGACGAGAGAAAAUCGAUCGCGCUCGAUGGAUGACGCAGCUGGCAGAUUUCGCCAGAUGGCCGAACGCUGAAUGCGAGCAGAGGCGCCCCUAGAUGACCUUGGCAGCAGGUAGUCAGUGGCGUGAUGCGCUGGAUCAACACGCGAGCUAAAUCGGGGCUUGUCUAGCGUUAAUUAGAGACGUGCGUUCUGGAAAUGUCAACAUUUUGUCCGACUUUCAGACAUACGUAGACUUUGUCUUUGCUAGAUAUCCACAUUUCCAUAAAAAAUAUCAGUUACGGGUGUCAUAAAUGCCAGAGUCCGUUAUAAAAACAAAAGGCUGUGUUUUUACUUAAAACACGGUUAGAUCGCCGUCAGUCACAAUUUGGACAUAUCUACUCGACAGGUCAUGAGACGAAGUGCGAAUAUUUGCAUGAGUGCGGACGUUUUUAUUAAGAAUACGCGUGUGAUAGUAUAGGACUUUCAGCUCAUGCAUAUUUCACCCUCUGUUCGCCCGUCCAACUUCAAUCUGUUGCUGUCUUUGUUCGAAAAUGAUCUUGAAACUUCAAGUGAACAUUACUUUGGCCCUAGUGAUCGAGUGAUUUUCCUCACAGUAAAAUAACACUGUUUAGGAAGCUGCAGUUCUGAAAAUUAUAUGGGCUCCUAAGAGAAACCGCAGUGUUCUCCAUACUUACUUGAUUCCCUUUCGACAACGAAGGCAUUAUUAAUCAGUCACUGUAAAUAUCGGUAAUUUGCGGUCAGAAGCCGUUUUACAUUCAAAGUGAAACAAAUACGAUGGAGUUGUGAUUAACAAUGAAACACGCCAUUCCACGCCAUUAGUGUGGAUUCGACAAUCUAAAGGAGUGUUUCACCCAACAUAGGUACACGAAGUCUAGCCAAGUAGGAUUUAACUGAAUGUUCAAGUGCAAUACGGGUUUAUAACGUAGUUAUGGGUUUCAUGUUUUUCAAAUACGCGUGUUGAUAUAUUCGCAUAAAUUAGAUAUGCAUAAUCCAGGACAGCAAACCAAGGGUGGGUAAGAGAAGAUGCGAAAAAUGAAGUAAGCUUUUCUGAUCUUAGAACCCUUGUACAUCGAAACGGUGAACACACACACACACUGAAUUUUAAACUAAACAUUUCGUCGACUUCAGUCUGCCAGGCAGACCGCGUUUUUAACAAAAAUUUCAGUUUCCAAAUUCACAGAAUCGCCAAAGUCAGUUUUUAGAACCAAAGGAUGAUAUUAGUAUUUAAUAAACGGCUAGAUCGCGGACGGUCACAAUUUAAACAUAGUUGCUCAGGAAAUCGUCAAACGAAUCACGAACAGCUGCAGUGAAUGCGGGCGUUAUCAUUAUAAACAUGCGUAUGAUAGCAUAGGAAAUGCAACUUAUAAAUAUUUCACCCGCUGUACGUCCAAAACUUCAAUAUGUUGCUUUCCUUGAUCAAAAAGGUAUCGGGAAACUCAAGUGAACAUUAUUUUCACUCCAGCGAUCGAAUGAUUCUCUUUACAUCUAAAUGACACUGUCAAGAAUGCCUUACUUUUGAAGAAUAAGUGGGUUCAGUCUUAGAAGUUGUUCUAAGCCUUACUGGUGGGAUUCGAACCCACGACAGCAAAGAGAGGCUUUAGUACAGCCAACGCUCUAGCCACCUGAGAUACGAGGUCCCCCGGACGACGCGAGUUUAAUCACAUCUAAAUCAAGUUUUCCCGUCCGAUCUACAACAACGUUUGGAAUCCACCUAAUCUGUUACAGUAAGCUGAAUGUCUAGGCAUGAUUUCCCAAGUAAAACAUCUAGAAUCCACCUGAUGGCUACGAAUCUCACGUAAUUCAAACGUAUUAUGGCAGACACGAUAAUUGUUGCGUCGUCCGAUGGAGCCUCUUAGCACAGGUGAAUGGUGCGUUGGCUGAAUUAAGGCUUCCCCAUGCUGUCGUUUUUUCAGACCCCAUCGAGACGCCGAGUAUUUCAUAUCGGUAUCAACAUAAUUGGUCUGUGUUCUUGAGUUUAAUACGGCAAUAUCGACAAUUGUCGGCCAAGCUUCAAUAGGCUCGCCUUGCCAGUCAAAAUAAGGAGGUAUGGAUUACUUGACAUAGUUAAACCCUUGCUGUCGUGGGUUCCAGUCCCACGGUGGCACCGAUGUUUAACAAUUCAAUCAACGUGGAUGUGUGAGACUUUAGGAAAUAUAUUCUGUAAACUGAAGGGGCUCGCGGUUCUAACGGAUAGGCGGUUUAGGACUAUACAGUGGUUUUACCUUCAGUUAUGGCACAAAAUUUAUAUGUCAGGUAAAUUCCCGCGAGCUGGUUGCAAAACUGCAGCUCUGUGUUACGUCUUACGAAUGUUGCACUCAUUGCAUUAGGGUUCUUGUCAUCAUUAUUCACAAACCAAGUGACAGACGCGAGCAGAUCACGCCACUCUAGGUGCACCGACUUGUACUAAAAUCUACUGAUCCGAUUCGGAGGGAGGGAGGGAGCUGGCUGGGUGGGUGGGGUUUCGUGUGUGCAGAUUGCAGGCGUGCUGGUUUUGUGUGUUAGCAGGUUGGGGCUUCGAUUCCCGUAAAAAAAGAGGAUGACGCACUCUCUAAUCGAUCUUUUCUUCAGUCUCACAGCGACUGCCGCCCUGAACUACGCUAGACCUUCGCCUAAGCUUCAUGUAGCCACAAGUGAUCCAGAUGGUGGUGUGGAAUUGUUGUCUUUCAGCGGCUGUAAUUCAACCGCAGUCUGCUGAAGAGCGUGUUGCAGAUCAGAGUUGGACAAACAUCGGCAAAAUCGCGCUGCUUGAAAACUGCACAACGUCCUAUAAAAUACAGAUGUAUGGUUUGAUCAUGGGCAGGAUAAACGACGGUGGCGUAAGUGACAGUGUGAGAACGAGAAGGAUUAGAUCAGGUGAUGCUUCGGCUCCACGGUGGCAUGAAGGCGCGAGACCCAGACAUUGGGACAUGACAGGAGAUAUCCAGGUGAACGACCUCGAGGUAAGCUGAAUAUUGCCUUGUUGUCUUUGCCCGCUCACCAUCUCCAUUUAGCAACGAGCUGGCUCAGCGACUAGACAAUAUAACGAUCGCUGCCGCCGCAGACGAGAACGGCUCCGUGGAGAACCGCUGGUGUCAACAGCGAGACACGGUCCAGUCGACUGUGCUCGCCGUCCUCGGUCGCGCUCCCCGUCAACACCAGGACUGGUUCGACGACAACGACGCCAUCAUCAGCAAUCUGCUCGCCGAGAAGAACCGCCUUCACAUAGCCUACGUAGACCACCCCACUGAAGACAAAAAAGCUGCCUUCUACCGCAGUCCCCGCCAGCUUUAG